UGAAUCAGUUCGGCAGUGUGGAAGGCAGGAUCAGUCUCUGCGUGUCUCAGACUGGACUCAGAUCUCCCACUCUCUCAGGCUCCCAGCUGCUCCACUAUACUCCACUAUACUCCACUAUAGUAUACUCUACUAUACUCCAGAAGAACCCGAACACAGCGCGGUCAAAAUGGGGAAAGGUUGCAUCACGGCCACCAAGUACUUCCUGUUCCUCUUCAACCUGCUCUUCUUCAUAUUUGGAGCGCUGAUUAUGGGCUUUGGACUCUGGAUCCUCUUGGACAAUCAGAGCUUCCUUGCAGUUUUGCAAGACUCAUCCAAGGCACUAAAGGUGGGCUCCUAUAUUCUGAUUGGUGUGGGGUCCUUCUCCAUGCUUAUGGGCUUCGUGGGCUGUCUGGGAGCCAUCUAUGAGGUCCGCUGUCUGCUCGGCCUGUACUUCACUUGCCUGCUCCUCAUCCUCAUCGCUCAGGUUGCUGCAGCUGUUCUCAUCUAUUUCCAGCGUAACCUGCUGAGGACGGAGACAUCCAACAUCGUGACCAAACUUCUGGAGAACUACAACGGUCAGAACAAGACCGCAGAGCAGGCCUGGGACUACAUCCAGAGGAAUAUGAGAUGCUGUGGCUGGACCGGUCCUGAGGACUGGAUGCGUAACCCUGUGAUUGUGAACAGCUCACAGAUGCUGUAUCCCUGCUCCUGCCGCAACACCUCCGUCCCCGGAGACAACGGCACUAACAGCGGCUUCUGCGAGGCCCAGUCUGACAACUGGCCGAACUACGACACGGGCUGCAUGAUCAGUGUGGAGAGCUGGCUCUUCACCAACUACGGAGUCAUCCUAGGAAUCUGCCUGGGGGUGGCUGUUAUUGAGCUUCUUGGCAUGAUCCUGUCCAUGGGCCUGUGCAAGAGCGUACACCAAGAAGACUACACCAAAGUGCCAAAGUACUGAGGAAGAUACACACAUCUGCACACACACACACACACACUUUUACACAAACACACACAGUUUACUGUUCUUUUCUUUUCUUUUUAAACCACAUUUUAUAUUCACCCAACUGUAAAUCUAAGCUUUACUAUUCUGGAUUUUACCCUGGAUUAGAAAUGUUGAACUGAUAAAUUCUCCUAUUUUUGGUACUACACAUUGGGGGUCCUGUAAAGUUAUUUAAGCCCACGGGGAGCACCACUAAGUCUUUUUAUAUAUAUAUUUCCAGAUUUUGGCAUUUUAAAGUAUCCAGAAGUUUAGAUAGAAUGUGCGAUUUCCUGUUUACAGUUUUAAGGGACGUCUAAAGCCGGGUCUCGGUAUUCAGUGCCGUUUCUGAGGUGCUGUCAGAAAUAUUGUGAUGCAAAGCUGGUAGGAUGGUGGAACGUGGGAGCUGCCAACUUGAAGGAACAAAAGGCUGGUUUGACUGGUUCUACAGCAACGUUAUAUUCUCUUUAAAGCUAAUGGUGGCAAAUCCAGGUCCAGAAAGUGUAAACCCACACCAGAUUUUGUUCUGAAUGCACAGAUGACCCUGUAGCUAAAUCCAGACAGUAUAGGCCUAGAAAGUCAAAAAGUCCACCCCAGGAUUUUGUGCAGACUGCCUAAAUGACUUUAGAGUCAGAAAAUGAAAAUCUUAUACCGAAUUUGUUUCAACAGUCUAGAUGAUUUUUUUGACAGCAAGGUCAAAAACAUCCAAGCUUAGAAAGAGAAAAAAAAAUCCACCCCAGGAUUUAGUUAUCACUGCUCAGAUGGCUCUGCUACAGCUAAGUUAAGAAAGUACAAGUCCAGAAAGUUAAAAUCCACCCCAGGAUUUCAUUUCAACAACAGAAUAGUGAAAAUGCCCUGGAUAUUGUUCCACUUGUCUGAUUGGUUCUGCUGCAACUAGAUCCAGAAAGUCCUGGUCACAGAGCAAAAAAAUCUACCCCUGGAUUUCGACCCAACUACAUGGAUGGCUCCACUGCAAAUACGUCCCAAAGAUCCAGGUCCAGAAAGUCAAAAACGGCCCCAGGAUUUUGUUAGACUAUUUAGAAGGCUUGUUCAGAAAGUAAAGAUCUGUCCCAUGAUUUUGUUAAAAGUCCACCUCAGGGUUUUGUUUCAACCACCAGAAUUUCUCUUUUGCAGCUAGAGCCAAAAAGUCUAGGCCCACAAAUGUCAAAAUCCACCUCAAGAUUUUCUUUCAACCAACUGGAUGGCUCUGCUGCAGCUAGAUCCAGGUCCAGAAUGUAAAAUCCGGGUACCUGAGUGGCUCUACUGAAAAUCCACUUUGGAUGUUGUUCAAAUUAACUAGAUGACUCUGCAGCAAGGUCCAUAAAGACCGGGUCCAGAAUGUAAAAAUUGACUCAACUACCUGGAUACUACCAAUUAAGUCCAGAAGGUCCAGGUCCAGAAAGUGAAAAUCCGCCCCGGGACUUUUGUUCUGAAUGCCUGGAUAUCUCUGUUGUAGCUAUGUCCAGAAAGUCUAGGUCUAAAAUUUCAAAAACGGCUCCAGGAUUUUGAUUUGGAAGGCUUGCCCAGAACGUUCAGGGUAGGAAAGUUAACAUCUGUCCAAUGAUUUUGUUAAAAGUCCACAGCAAGAAAGUGAAAAAUCUGCCCUGGAUAUUGUUCCACUUAUCUGAAUGGCUCUGCUGCAGCUACCUGGUCAAGAAGCAAAAAUCUUCGCCUGGAUUUUGAGCCGACUACAUGAAUGGCUCCACUGCAAAUAAGUCCGGAGGGUUCAGGUCCAGAAAGUCUAAACAUGCUUCAGGAUUUUGUUUCAACCACCUGGAAGCCUGUACUGCAGGUAGGACCAGAAGCUUCAAGUCCAGAAAGUGAAAAUUCACCCCAGGAUUUUGUUCUAAAUGCAUGGAUGACUCUGUUGUAGCUAAAUCUAAUAAGUCUACAUCUUGAAAUCAAAAAGGGCCCCAGGAUUUUAAGACUAUUUAGAAGGCUCGUCCUGAAAGUCCAGGUCUAGAAUAUAAAAUCUACCUCUGGAUUUUGACCAGAUUACCUGGAUCGCUCCACUGCAAAUAAUUCCACAAAGGUGAAAAUCACCUUGGAUGUUGUUCAAAUUGACUGGAUGUCUCUGCUGUAGCAAGGUCCAUAAAGAACAAGUCCAGGAAAGUCAUGUGUAGAAUGUAAAAAAAAAAAAAUUACCUGAAUACAACCAAAUAAGUCCAGAAGGUCCAGAUACAGAAAGUCAAAACAUGCCUCAGGAUUUUGUUCUUACCACAUGGAUGCCUUUACUGCACGUAGGGCCAAAAGCUUCAAGUCCAGAAAGUUAAAAUCCAUCCAAGAUUUUGUCCUGAAUGUCUGGAUGUCUCUGUUCAGAAAGUUUAGGUCUAGAAAGUGAAAAACAGCCCUGGGAUUUUGUUAGACUAUUUAGAAGGCUCGUCCGGAAAAUCCAGUUCCUGAAAAUAAAGGCCUGUCCCAUAAUUUUAUUAAAAGUCCACCUCAGGGUUUUGUUCUGACAGCUUGGAUGUCUCUGCUGCAGACAGAACCAGAAAGUCCAUGGCCAAAAAUUUAAAAUUCUGCCCUGGAUAUUGUUCCACUUAUCUGAAUAGCUUUGCUGCAGUUAGAUCCAGAAAGUUCUGGUCAAGAAGCAAAAAUCUACGCCUGGAUUUUGAGCUGACUACAUGGAUGGCUCCACUGCAAAUAAGUCCAGAGGGUUCAGGUCCAGAAAGUCUAAACAUGCUUCAGGAUUUUGUUUUAACCACCUGGAAGCCUUUACUGCAGGUAGGACCAGAAGCUUCAAGUCCAGAAAGUGAAAAUUCACCCCAGGAUUUUGUUCUGAAUGUCAGAAAGUCUAAGUCUAGAGAGAAAAAAAUGGCUCCAGGAUUUUGUAAGACUGUUUAGAAGGCUUGUCCUAAAAGUAAAGUUCUGUGCCAUGAUUCUGUUAAAAGUCCAGCCCAGGUUUUUGUUUUCUGACAUCUCAGAUGGCUCGACUGCAUUUGGGUCAAAGAAAGUAAAAUUUUUUUCAUAUUUGUCCCAUGAUUUUUUUUUUUUUUUUGGGGACUCUGCCUGGAUGAUUCAACUGUAGCUACGUCCAAAAAUCUAAGCUGCGGCAGAUUCUUCAACACAUACAAAAUCCUUUUGGAAGUCAAAAACUUUUGGAAGACUCGUUCUGAAAGUCCAGGUCCAAAAAGUACAGAUCUGCCCCAUGAUUUUGUUAAAAGUCCACCCCAGGAUUUUGCCUUAACAACCAGAGUGGCUCUUUUGCAGCCAGAUCCAGAAAGUCCGGGUCCAAAUUGUCAAAAUCCACCCCAGGAUUUUGUUAAGACUAUUUAGAAGGCUUGUUCUGAAAGUACAGGUCCAGAAAGUAAAGAUCUAUCCCAUGAUUUUGUUAAAAGUCCACCCCACGAUUUUGUUCCAACUACCUGAAUGGCUCUGUUGUAGCUAAAGCUAGAAAGUCUAGGUCUAAAAUGUCAGAAACGGUCCCAGGAUUUUUUUCCGGCUAUUUGGGAAGGCUCAUCCUGAAAGUACAGGUCCAGAAAGUUAAGAUCUGCCCCAUAAAUUUGUUAAAAAUCCAGGUUUUUGUUCUGACAGCCUGAAUGGCUCUGCUGCAUUUGGGUCUAAGAUAGUAACAUUUUUUGCAUUUUGUUCAAAAUCUGUCCCAUUAUUUUUGCCUGGAUGACUCAACUUUAGUUAUGUCCAAAAAUCUAGGCCGCUCAGAUCCAUCUACUCAGUCAGAAUACAAAAUCCUGGUGUGGACAUUUACUUUCUGAACCUGAAUUUAUCAUCUUUGAUUAUACCACUAAGCAGCAGAGCCGUCCAAGCAGUUGAAACAAAAUCCUGGAUGUGGAUUUGUACUGUCUGGACGUGGAUUUGCCACCUGGGUCUAAACCACACUGCCACUCUUAAUACCAAUCUGUUUGUUGGUCAUGCUUUUGGUAUUCUGUAUUUACAGCAGUCAGACUUCUAUUAUUGCUAACAUCUAUUGCAUGAUGUUUUCUCUGUUUUUUUAUUAUUUUAAUCUGUACAUUAGUGUUUUCGUUUUUUUUAUUAUAGUAGUUUAUUAUUGUAUAUACGUUUAGCACAUUGCUUUACUCUAGCGUAGCAUCUCAGUUUUAAGGUUAUAUCUUUUUUUUUUCUUCAGCUUUAGGUUUUUGUAUACAGAUUGUGUUUUGGGUGUAUUAUUAUUUUUUUACGGCUUUGAUUUUUGUCAGUAUUGUUACGGAGAUGAGAAAAGAGCCAAAUUCUGAAUUAUAACCCCUCAAAUCUGACAGCAAACCUUAUUUUUUAAGAUUUUUCUGCCAAUUUAAUGCUUCCCGUUCUAAUCUGACUGCUUAUAGCUUAUGAUUUGAUGAUAUAAUGUGUUAUAUAUUAUUAUAUAUAAAGAAAAUUAGAGCCUUCUUUUCCUAACUCGACUGUGAUCUCUGUAGAUGCACUCUAUUUGCAUUUUUUUGUGUCAGGCGUAAAUAAGUAAACUCAGAAACUCUCCUGUUUUUUUGCCAUUUAUUUCAGUUCUUCUGAUUGUUGGAGGUCAGGGAUUUUUUUUAAUUGCAUGUUUUUUUUUUAGUUUGUUUUUUGGAAGAAAUAUGAUGAAUCUGAUACAGUUUUGUGUGUAAAGUGGAAAAUAGAGCGACCAUUGUCCUGAGAAAUUAAUUUAGAUUAUGAUCUUUUUAUGGUACAAGGAAACAUAAUUAUGUUUAAACAUUUUGAUAAAUUUUGAAUAAAACUAGAUGUACCUCUGUUAAGUUCUGUCUGUUACAAUAAAUUAAACUCACACA